UCAUUUUUCUCGACUUUUGUUGUCAUCUUCUCUUCCGAAGGUGUCCUAAAAUAGCCUAAAGGCCUAUUCCCAAAAACAAAAAAUCCCACAGCAGCAACCGACAACUAAGUAAGUACGACCUUUCAAGUCUCAUCUUUGCGGGCGACGGCGACUAGUGUCCGCCUCAGGCGACUUCAACCUCUGAGAGAUAACGGUGACAGCGUCAAGAUAUGUGAGUAAAAUGAAUCGUUUUGAAGGUAAGCCAUGUCUUUUCGUCGUCAUAAAAGCCAGUGCGAGGAAGCUCACAACCCAUGGGAAAGGGAACCUAAGAAGCCUCGCUGUAGCAGGGAGGUUAUACAGAAAUUGGAGAAUUCCAAUCUGAUGCGACAAAAGUUUAAUGUAUAUCCUCAAAAUUUGCAUUUAGAUAUUUAUACAAAGAAGGCUGCUUUGAAAGCUUCUCCAUCUGUUGUCAGUCUUGAAUCUCACUCGGGGGAAGGGGUGAUACUUCAAAGUUCUGGAGUUAUCAUAGAAAACGUUAAUACUUGUAGUAUAGUAUUAACCUCUGCAAAUCUCCUGAAGUGUUUUACAAGUAGAAAUUUUGAAGCGGAUGAUGUUAAGGUCAUUGUGCAUCUAUCAAGUGGGAGAUCAUUAAAUGGUCAAAUAGAGGCAUACAAUUUUUAUUAUAAUAUUGCUGCCAUUAAGAUCCAAUCAGAUACACAACUUCCAACCGCCUCAUUGGUGCAGUUAAAAGAUGCUAUCACAGUUGAUCCGUGUAAACUCCAUGUUGAUGUCACUUUAGUCCCACAUUUAAGUUCAUUUGACCUUGUUCCUGGAGAUGCAGUUAUUGCUCUAGGUCGUUUUAUAGAGCCCUAUGAUAUCAUGGUUGCUCCUGGUGAAUUCAGCAUUGAUAGCUGUCAGUAUGACUGUAAAGAGCUUUUUAUGGCGUCGUGCAGAGUCACAGAGUGUGGUAUUGGGGGCCCACUUAUCAACCACAAUGGAGAAGUCAUCGGUAUCUGCUUGCGUGAUGGCGUUUAUACUGCUUUCCUGCCAAUCAAUAUAGCUUCCAUGUGGUGGCAACAUUAUAAGAAAUACAGGAGAAAUAAGGACAUCAAGCGAAGAAGAAACAAAAAAAACAGGCAUCUACGUCUGCCCUGCCUUGGGAUGGAAGCGACCAACCUAUAUGCAAUUCCUGUACGAGUUGCCGAAAGAAUCAUUCAGAAGUUCCCUGACGUCUUGAAAGGUGUCAUUGUCGAUAAGGUUGUACCUGGUUCUUCUGCUGAAUCUGCUGGGAUUAAACAUGGUGAUGUUAUUAUUCAAUUUGCUGGCAAAAAAAUUGAGAGUUUAUUGGAGCUAUUUGAAAGCACGUGGAAUAAGGUCGGAGAAUCUGUGGAGGUGACUGUUUUAAGAACAAGCAAUGAUGGUCCUUUACAUCUUAGCAUGGUGGUGAAUGAGGCACCUCCCGAACCAGCUGAAUGAUCCUCUCAUCAAUCAGGUGUACCGGGAGCAGAAUGCAGUAGUUCAUACACUAGCACAUUUUGGUCCAUCAAUGCAUGGCAGCAGUAUUAGGAUAUUCCAACAUCCCCCACCUUUUGUUAUGGAUCUCCUUCAAGCUGAUCGAGAAGGGUGUAUAACACCCAGGAUCAAACAAUGCUGCCCCAGUUAUUUGUAAUGAAUUUUUUUGUUCACCAACUUUUUGUGAUCUUAACUAGUGAAGAAUAGACCUAUCGAUCCUUCUAACUCCAAUCCUAGAAUAGCUACAGAUAGUGGUACCAACUCUCUUGUAUGCCUCUCAACGACUAGUUGUUCCCUUGUACUUAUUGCUUAAGUUAAUACAAGUUUUUAUCUUUUCCUCCCAAAAA